AUGACCGACCCUUUGCUUGACUCUUCACCUGAUGAUGAGUCGCCUCUUCUGCUGCCCGAAAAUAUCAACCAGCCGCUCACCACGAAGGCAGAAGUGUUUGGCUGGUGUCUGUAUUCUUGGGCUGCCGAGCCGUUUAUUGUCAGCGUCGUAGGCACGUACGUGCCGCUGCUGCUCGAGCAGAUUGCAAGAAACAACGGUGUGAAGCUUAUCGACAAGAUUACUCCGUGCAACCAGCCCCGGGACCCCACAAUUCCGAUCCCGACGCCCCCCAACGACGGAGACUUCCUCAAUAGCACGAUGAUAAACGAUUCGCAGAACGAUUCGUGCGUGCUGCCGCUGCUUGGCGGCCGCUUCUACAUUGACACAUCCUCCUAUGCGCUAUACACGUUCUCAAUCUCGGUCCUUGUCCAGACCGUGCUUGUGAUUUCCAUGUCGGGAGCUGCUGAUCGAGGGUCACACAGAAAAUCGAUGCUUGUCGGAUUCGGAGUCAUUGGGGGACUUGUCACCAUGUGCUACUGGCUGAUCAAUGAUCGAAAUUACUAUAUGGCGUCGCUGCUGGCGAUUUUGGCCAACAGCGCGUUCGGAGGAGUCAACGUUUGUGGAAACUCGUUUUUGUCGCUCUUAGUGAACAACCAUCCAUCGGUUCGACAGAUCAAUAUGUCCAAAUCGUCAAAACUAGCAACAAUGGGCGAGGUCUCGUCCAAGAUCAGCGGGAUGUGCGCUGCCUCCGGCUACAUCUCGGCUCUUCUGAUGCAAAUCAUCACCAUGCUUGUCAUUGUCCAUGUCAGAAAUAAUCCGAACAUAGACUCGCUGAUCUACCCUUUGAAGCUUGUUAUUGGCUUGGUAGGACUGUGGUGGCUUGCAUUCCAGCUGCCCAUACAGAUAUUGCUGAAACCACGGCUUUCUAAGGAAUUGCACGUCUCAAUUGAGCCUCCAGACCCGUCGGCACCAGGUUACACCAUCAAGAGCAUAAAAUACAGACUACUCGUGCUAGGGGCGUAUAUUUUGCAUGGCUAUAAAACCCUCCUAUCGGCUGCCAGAGCGGCGUCGCAACUAAAAGACAUCAUGGCGUUUCUGUUAGGCUGGUUCAUCAUCUCCGACUCGCUCACAACAAUCAACUCUACGGCUAUCUUGUUUGCCAAGUCAGAUCUGCAAAUGACCACCGUGCAGCUCUCUCAAAUCGGCGUGCUCACAAUGGUCUCCGCCAUUGGUGGGUCCGUGCUUCUACCAAAUGUGAUCCAGCCGUACUUCAAGCUCGAGCUCAAGCAGACCAUGAUUCUCAUCAUUACAUGGGCAUCGAUAAUCCCGCUGUACGGGAUUCUGGGAUUUUUUAUUCGGUCAAUGGGUCUCCAUCACGCCGUGGAAAUGUACGGGUUGGCUAUCUGGUACGGCUUUUCUCUCGGCGGCGUGGCAACGAUCUCAAGGAGUUUAUACUCGAUGCUGAUUCCUCCGGGCCAGGAAUCUGUGUUUUUUGCGCUGUUCAGCAUCACAGACAAAGGCUCUUCUGUUGUCGGGCCGUUCCUAGUGGGCCUCAUCAUUGACAAAACACACGACAUUCGCAAAUGUUUCUGGUUGCUGUUCUUGUUGCUGAUCGCUGCCGUGCCUAUAUUCUCGCACGGAAUCGAUGUUGAUCGUGGGAUCAACGAGGCAACCGUUUUGGAACAAGAACAAGAUGAAUAG